AUGGCCCUCGAGGUCCUCUUCCGAGACCCCGAAAGAUAUCCUCCCUUAUUCCCCGAUCGGCAAUCCCUGGAACAAACGCAACAGGUCCAAUCCAUCAUCACCCGUCUCCUGCCCGCCACGCGCAGACUAAUCAUCCCUUCUGUCCCCAACAUCCUCGAUGACAGAGGAAGAGAGUACUUCAUCCGCACACGCAGGGAAUGGUUCAACGUCUCUUCCCUCGACGCGCUCCGCCCCAAGACCCAAGAAGAGACGGACCGUCUGUGGGCAGAUAUUGAAACCCAACUCCAACCAAUUCUGCGCACGUUACACGACUGUCCACUCGUGAGAGGUCCCGAGCUGAAAGACGCACUGGACUGGGACGAUGUGGGAGGCCAGAACGGCGACCACCACUUUCCCGGUGGUGGACGCGUGCGCUACCUCUCCGGCGGCACUUGCCCAACCUAUGCGGACUUCAUCCUCAUGGCGUUCCUGGCGUGGAUGGCCCGCGUCGACAUGGAUGCGUGGGCGCGAUUGACGCAGCAGGUCGGCGGCGGUGUCGGCGUCCUCGAGGAUCUGUGGAUGGGCUGUCUGCCCUAUCUUCGGAGUGCCAGCUACGUUGGGACUCUGGAGUGGUUCAGGCCCCAGGGAAGGCCUGGCACGGUCGGUUCAGAAGUUUAA